CGUCCUCUUAUCGACAGGCGUUGCAGACCUGUUCCGCUCGCCGCUUCGGACGUACUGUAAUGACAGGCAUCGAGAAGUAUUUGGUCCAGUCGCGGAGUUUCAGGUGGAAAGGAUCAGGGAUCGGGACGCUUCGUCUGUUGCAGAAGCGCGACUUAAUGCCUUUGUGGGCGUCCUCGCGGACAGCAUCUUAUCCGGUCUCGACUGCGCUAGCGUCCCCAUUCUACUUACCACAAUCGGCACAGUAUUCGACCGACGCAAC